GUCUUCUAAAUAUGAAGAUUGCACCUCGAUUUUGCCAAAGUUCACAGCGUGUUGAUGAUCUGUUCUCCAACGGCCGACGCUCUGCAAGAAUACCGCUUAAGAAACUGAGAACUGGAAGAAACAGGCGCCGGAGUGGUUGAGUGUGAUGAUUCAAGCUGAUGUUAUCUGCUUCUUGGCGUCCCCCCUUCAACUACAGCCGCCGAACUAGUUCGUGAAGCACAAUCGAAACUUGACUACUCUUCAAGGUUGCCCUGGAGUUCUCAGGUCGCACACCGCGACCCGCUGAGGCUGUGUAAUUGUCUGCCACCCAGCUCGAGUCUUGACCAGACGCCGCGAGAACGCUGUCCGGCAGUGACUGAGUUUGUAGCUGUUGUAGUAGGAAGUUGGAAGCACAAGUGAAGAGCUGCUGCAGCUGACCUCCCGAGGCUUUGUUGCAACGAUCGAGUGUGUGCGUGUGUGUGUGUGUAUAUAUGUGUAUGUUCGUUGGUGGCAACUGAUCGGGUGCAGGGUUGGUUUGCGAGGCUUCUGGAGUGUGAAGACGAUGAAGGGUGCGAAGAGGGUUUUGUGAACAGCGGUGGUGAAAAGAAUGGUGCCACUUGUUUGUGCAUAAUGGCUGUCGCCAUGUUGUCCAGUUCCAGGGUGAAACGGAAGGGAUGCACUAUGAAGAUCGGAAAGGGCAGUAGCAGUGUACUGGGCACGCCGCUCAGUCAUAUCUUGUUGGGGUUGCUUGGCUUCUUUUUCGGUUUCCUCUCCGCCCUCUCCUUCAAUCAGCAAUUGUGCAUCACAAAUUCAUGGUACUCACCACAGACCAACCAUAUUGUCAUCAAAUCGCAGAACAAAGCCUCCAACGUUGUGCUCGAGGACAAUGUCUUGCAUUACUCAGUUGAGAGAGAACGAGAAAGAGCUAUCCUGGAGGCGACUCCAGCACAGCACUGCCCUCCAUGUGAUCAUUUCGAGAAAUGCUCUCAAAUAGCGAAGGUGUUGCUUCAACCAAGAAACUUCCUCCAACGGAACCAGUCGGAAACGGAUGAGCUUACGAAUGUGAAGCGCAACCGGACCACUGAGGAAAUUUUGCACAAAAAUGCUUCUGGAUGGGUAUGCCGAAAUCCAACGCUUGUGGACAAGCUGCCUCAAACAUUCAUACACAGAACAACGGAUUAUCACUUCCAUCGACUUGUUGGCACCCCGAAGAAUGACGUGCUACAAGCUCCGAAGAAUCUUCUUGCAUUGUCAGUUGGAAUCAAGCAGAGCGCCAGCGUUAAUGCAAUUGUUAAAAAGUUUCCCAAAGAGCAUUUUCAGAUUGUGUUAUUUCAUUACGACAACGUUGUCGAUGCGUGGAGCCACUUUGAGUGGAACGAUCGAGUCGUUCACGUACAGAGCACUGGGCAAUCCAAAUGGUGGUUUGCCAAGAGAUUCCUUCACCCCGAUGUGGUGGCACCUUACGAGUACAUAUUUGUGUGGGAUGAAGACCUGGGAGUGGAGAAUUUUGAUCCCCUAGAGUACAUAAGAAUAAUGAGGAGGCAUGAACUGCAAAUCUCGCAGCCAGCGGUAGAUGGAGCCAGCAGUUGGCCUAUCACUGUGCGGCAGUCGUGGACCGGCAAGGAGGUGCAUAAGCGCAACCCCUGGGAGGGUCUCUUCGACAAUUGCACCAAGAGCAAAGUCACACCUCCUUGUGCUGGUUUUGUUGAAAUUCAAGCACCAGUUUUUGUGAGCAAAGCUUGGCGCUGUGUAUGGCAUCUUAUUCAGAAUGAUCUGGUCAUGGCAUGGGGUCUGGAUUUCGAGCUGAAAGCGUGCAUAGAUGGACUCCCACACGAGCACAUUGGUAUCGUGGACACUCAAUGGGUGGUGCAUAACAAAAUUCCUUCACUAGGAACACAGGGAGCAGAAGCGGACAAUCCAAAAAAGUUGCGAGGAGAGGUCAUCGCUAGAAGCUUUCUGGAGUGGUCAGAAAACAAGAAGAGAUGGGCAGAUGGCCUCCAAUCUCUGAAAGACUCCACCCUCUAUUAAAGCUAGUUUCAUUCAUCCCGGCUGCUCAACGACCUAAUUGGGUUGAUGUAAAAUUCAUUAAUUUGUUUCUAUUGUGGAGGUAAAAUCAACCCAAUUUUCAUUCAGGUGCUGACGACAUGUCCAUGAGGUUCUAAUUCUGGAACUACCAGUCCCUCAACCCCUGCUAAGCAUUUCCUUCUGAGGACGUCCAAGAUUGAUUUUUUCCUUAGGAUGCGCACUCUACAAAGGAUCUCCAGACUCUCAGCUGGGUCUUCUGAGGAAAUCAUUUCUUCCAGAAAAAUGAAGUGGCAGAGAUGAGUAGAGCCUUCAUCAUUUAUGUAAAAUCCCUCUUGUUCUUAAGUAGAAGAGGAAGGGUUGCACAUCCACAGGAUACUAAAACUAAAUUUGGUUAGACGGAAAGGUUCAGGGGCGCUCAAAGGGAGCACGUCUCUUGCUGCACACUGCUAGAUAGGUUAAACUGAGCUCAGCUUGGGUCAAGGCCGGAGUUUGUAUGCUCCUUUUAUCUUUCCAUGCUAUGUGCCGGUUUUCCUUGCAAUGCAUUAACUAAUCCACUGUGCCAAAAGAGCAACAGAAAAAGGGUUAGAUCUCCCUGGUGA